CUCCUCGUGCCACAACGAUCCUUUUGGCUCGUCAGCUGCGUGAGACGCGCGCGGCAUCUUGUCUCAAAUAUGAAAACUGUCAGCUAACGUCAGUCGUUAGCCUCGGUUCCGUUCAAAGCGACAGUUCCUCCCGGUGUGUACCGGUAGUGAAGAAGACCUGGAGGCCGGUGGUACUUUUUAAACGACGCCUAUCAGAGCACCGCCACCGGGUCUGUGUGGACCUCCCCCACCGACUGUGCGUCCUUUGUAUACUCUCUAAACUGAGAGACUGUGUGUGUGUGUGUGUGUGUGUGUGUGUGUGUGUGUGUGUGUUGCUGGUUUCUUCACUCCAUGGCUCCAGAAACUGUCUGACUCUGGAUCUGUCAAGCCGUGUCAGGCCCAGGUAGAGAGAGAUGAGUUGGGCUGAGGAGGACUGGACGGUGGGGCUGUCUGGACGGGUCCAGCAAAAGGUGAAGGAGCUGCAGGUCCAUCAGGAGCGACUGUCCAGAGAGAACAAGCAGAAACAGCUGCAACUGGACAACAUCCACACGAGCCUCGAAAAACAGACCGCGAAGUAUGAGGAGGUCCGUGGGGAGCUCCAGUAUCUGCAGAGAGAGCUCUGCAGUGUUCGAGAGGAGGCCAAGGUAGCGGUGACCAGCAGCAAGCGCCUGACCCAGGAGCUUCAGACUAAGCAGGCCCAAGUAUGCUCUCUGGAGGGCCAGGUAGACGCUGCUCGCACCCUCAACAACAAACUCGCCCUCGAAAUCAAAAGGCUGGAGGCAGAGCUGGAGAAUUUGCAGAACAGCAGCAGAUCGUCGGAUACUACGCUGUUUUCUACACCCUGCUGGAAUACAACAUCACCCUGGGAAAACAGCGGGAGUAGAAAGGAGGAGAGGCCGGGUAGAGAUGAAGGACGGAGCCGGGCACGUCAUAUUCGACAGCUCCAGUUCUCCGAAGUCGGCUCAGCCUCGUCACCACAACACCAACACAAGAACACAUCCCAACGCCAUCCGUCCGACCAAUCGGACGUCUUCUCCACUCCCUCGGCUGCCUUUCCGUGGGAACAGGAUAACUCGAGGCCAGCAGCCAGGAGACCGUCCCCGAGCUCUCCCCAGACACCCUGCACAGAUGUCAUCGGUCAAGGCCAGUCGGAGACGAGGGUUUGUGGGAAGGAGAAGAACCACCGGACAGAGACAGACACAGCAUCUUUAACAGACGCGUGGAGUCGUGUGACUGCUCUGGAGGAGGAGCUCUGUGCGAAGGCCGGGACGCUGAAGUCGAUCCAGAGCGAGAUGGUGCAAAGCAAGAAGGAGCUCGGGACCAGAGAGCUCAGCCUUCAGAAAGCCUGCGAUGAGCUCAGCCUGGCGCACACACGCAUGGCCCAGGAGAGUGAGCGGGCGUCAGGAGCUGAGCAAAGGCUGAAGCACCUACAGGAAGAGCUGAAGUGUCAGAGGCAGAACACGGAGAGCAGCCGACUGCAACACCAACAACGCUCCAAGGAGCUGGAGAAACAACACCAGAGGGAUGUGACAGAGCUUCAGAAGGAGAGGCAGAGUCUGGAGAAGCAGCAUCAGCAGGAGGUGAAUAAGCUCAACGUGGAGCUCCAGCAGGCCAGGACUCUCCACAACGCCCUGCAGGCCCAGGCUGACAAGCUGUCUCUACAGAAGCAGGCGUUGAACAAGGAGCUGGACGCUCUGAAAGAGAAACUAAAGUGGAUGGAGGGACAGCUGCAGGAGAGCCAGAAGAAAGAGUCUCAGACACAAGCCAAACUGACGGAAGCUCUGCGUGAGGCAGAUGGUGUUGCAGUGAGUCUGGAGCAGAGCAGGAAGAGAGAGCAAGCUCUGGAGGAGGAGGGGAGGAGACUGGCAGAGGAGCGAGCUGACGCCCUUCGUCUCCUCAAAGAACUGCAGGAGCAAAAGGCUGACCCAGCAACCCCUCUACAACCUGUCCAGUUUUGCCCUGUUGGGCAGAGUUUCUCCCCUCAACCUUCUCACUCUCUUCAUUCUCGACCAUCAACUCACACCAAGAGGCCCAGUGACACCACCCUAGCCCAGCAGAGGAGGGAAGAGGAUGGGGAGAAGAGAAGGGCAGAGAUCGCAGCAUCUUACCCGUCUGACAGAGAGCCAGGAGAAGGCAUCGACUCCCAACACAUCACUGACCUUAUCUCCUCAGACUCUGAGUGUUUACAAAGGGGACAACACAGAAGUAACGAGGUGGAGAAUAAAAGCAGAAAUGAGGCGAUAGAGAGUGACAGCUCUGGGACAAACACGCGGUCCACAUUUGAUCAAGGGCUCUCUACUGCUGCUGGUACGCCCACCAACACCUCUAUGGGUUGUGAUCGUUGCAGGGCCUCUGAAGACCUCAAGAGGGAGAACGCCACACUGCGUUCAGAGCUACACGACGCACGUGAAGAACUGCAGCAAAGACUUGAGGACUUGGAAGCCCAGCGACGGGCAGAGACAGAAGCCAGGACCCGGCUGAAACAACUCAGCCGCAAAAGUGCCAGCCAGGCUGUUGAGAAGGGAGAUCUGGACAAGGAAUGGAAGGCACAGCUGGAGAGUGAGAGGGUUGAGACGGAGAGGUUGAGGACGGCCAUGGCAGCUUUGGAGACAGAGAUGAUGAGAGGAAGGGAGGAAAGAGAGCAGAGGGAGAGAGAGGAGGAGGAGAAAAACAAAGCGCUACAAGACCGGGAGAGUGAAAUGAUGGAGCUUAAUAUCCAGCUAAAGAAACAGCUAGCGGAGGUGAAAGCCCAGCUGGCUUUAGAAAAAGAAGAGCGGAAGAGAGAGGAAGAGGAGAGGAACCAAAUAAACAACACAGAUGUGGAUUUAAAGAAAGAGUUGAGAGCGAAUUUGGAAGACCUUAAAGUUGAAUUGGAAGAACUGAAGCGCAGCAGAGAAGAAGACUCACUGGAAGAGGAGAAACUCUCAUUGGCCAACAGCCCGCUGACAUACUUGACCCUCCACAAUGAUGACCUCAACUUCAACAUCGUUCGCUGCGACAACAAGCUCCUCCCCUCACCAGAGCAGCACCUCCUCUUCUGCCAGUCCACCAACCAACGCAACAUGCUUGUAUCUCAGGCCACAGCCGAUCUAGUCCAGGAGGAGCGAACAGUGAUAGAUCCCGAGCGUUCGCCUCUGUCUGACGAGGAGCAAACGGGUGUAGUCACCUCUGACAUGGAAGACGACAGACAGAACUAUCUGGGAGGGUCUCCCCUGUCAGACCACAGACGGUCACUUUCUGACCUCCAGAAGGUUGAGCCCGUCUCCUCAGAUCUGACAAAAGAGGUGGAGCUGCUGCAGAAGGAGAAUACAAAGGAGACGGAAUGUGCCAACCAGUACCAGGUUAAACUGGAGGCCCUGCAGAGCCAGGUGACACGUCAGACAAAACAGCUAACUACGGCCUUUGAGAAGCAGAGUCAGCACAUCUCCGGUCUUCUGUGUGAGCUACAAGAGAAGGAGAGUGCCCUCCUCAUCCAGGGAGAGGAACUGCAGCGCUACAAGCAACAGCUGGAUGCACGCAAGGCCGAGGAAGAGGAGAAGAGACGAAGAGAGGAGGUGAUGGUCAAGGAGGUGGAGGAUGGAGAACGGAAAGAAGAGACGCAAGAUGAGAGGUCUGAGGAGAUCUCAGAGCUUCAGUCAAACCAGGAGUGUCCUGUCACCGUCCUCACCAAACCAACACCUAUUAGUGACGAAUCAGACAAUGAAGCCUUAAGGACCGGGGACCAGCAUCCAGGCUCUCAGGAUGAGACUCUGAGUGACCAGAGUAACCAUGACUCUGCUUGUUUGGUGGGUGAGACUGAGAGCAGUCAAGAAGGAGGUACAGCAGACAUGGUCGCAGAACUGCUCGCCCUCCGACAGGAGAAUGAGCUCCUGAAACAAGCAAUGGAGGACUUGAAUGUCUCAGACACCAGGACCUCAGCAUUGCACACUGACAGAGAAAAACAAGAAGACCAAGUCAAGCAAAGCCAAAACACAGGAAAUGCGUCUCUGUCCUGCUUAGUGGAGCGGAGGUCAUUAAGUGCGCCGGAUAAUAUCACCGCUGACGCACAACAGCCGCUGCUUCAGGAUGUGAAGUGGAGUACAAAUGCUGAAGAAGAGCUGGAGGCGGAGUCUGAGCUGCAGAUCAACCCCCUACAGCAGCAGGUGGAGGAGCUGCAGACGAGGUUACGCGCUCUCUCUGCAGAGACCAAGCAGCAGGCCGAGGAGCUUGUUGUGUGGAGACUGGCCUCCCAACCAGCCCCAACGUUUCACCAGUUCCUUCCCAACACAGACAACCAGUCUGAGACCCAGGACCAGAUCUCUGCUGUCACACAGUCCAGUGAGAUGCCCCAGAGCCAGGCUCCGACUGUGACGGUUCAGGUUCAGGUGCCUUACCUGGGUGUUCAGGAGAGCCCUGGUAUUGUGACGGUCGUGAGAGAAGAUGAGUUGUUCCUCUCCUGCUCGUCGAAUAAACUGCAGGGCCGCAUGUUGUUCUCCAGACUUCAGAACAGCAACUUGAACCCUGAACCAAAGAGUCUCGAUCCGUCUAAAAAGACUGCGGCACUUCAGGAAUGUAAUCAGAUUGUCCAGGAAUCUGAAAAAGAAAACCAUGAGAUCACCCUCAUGCACCCGUUAAAUACAUGUCAAACACACCACAAAGAGAAGAGAGACACCGAAGUUAUCCAGAUGUUAUCUGAGAAAGCUGGUCAACCGCAUGCCGCCAAAGAUUCCACCAAAGUCUCGAGACCAAAGCAGACCAAAUCAGCUGAGUGUUACACAGGGACUCCUGAGGCCGUGUCUAAUGCCUCCAGACCCACCAAUGAAUUAAAAACAACACACGACUCUUCAGACAAAGAUAUCCGGACAGAAGUGAGAAGUGUCAGCAGUCAAACGGAGGAGAGUCUGUAUCCUCGCUGUGCUCCAGCGACCUCUGACCUCCGCUGUGCAUACACACAGACUGAGGAGGAAGAUGAAGAAGAGUCAGGGGACCCCCGUCCUGUCUCUGUUGUCCCAUCACCUGAAGGAGCAGAGUUACGAGACAGAGUGUUGUUCUCGGGUUCCUUCCCCAUCCCGACCGAUCCGGCCCGUCUGGCUGAGAGAAUCCGCCACAACAGAACGCAGCUGUCAGCCGCCUUUGACGACACAGAGUAUGAACCCUACGGACUGCCGGAAGUCGUUAUGAAAGGAUUUGCAGACAUCCCCAGUGGUCCCUCGUGUCCCUACAUUGUGAGAAGAGGUUUGUUGGGGACAACUGUCAUACCUGUCCCUCAGAAGGACCAGAGACAGGAGGAGGAGACGGAUUAAAGCUCAGCUACAGAUCUGGUGGACAGAAGCGAUCACUGUGGCUCAACAGUGAACCUCCGUGAUGGACGACAGCAGCUUUGCAGGGACGCUCCCGUCACCAGCAACCUGAAGCCCUUCAGACCUCCAAACAAACACAAGACCAGUGCUGCCAGUGCUGCUCUCAUGCAUGGACGUCUGUAUGUGUGUGCAGGUAACUGGGCCUGCACUGGCAGAGUGAACUCUUCCAAUGUGGAUCUAAAACGUCUAAUUGCUGCUGGAGACUUGGCUAUCCAUCACAAGGCUGUCACUGUACUAACACCUGUAUAUUUAGGUACAGAGGUAGGGAUUUAGUGAUGUGCGUUUUGUAUUUUUUUGACGUUUACAACCACUUUUCCAAAGGGACUGUUUAGUUUUAAGUGUCUCAGCAUUAGCGUAGGGGUCUAGCUUCAGCCUGCUGUGAAUGAAACGGUGCCUAGCUGACGCUUUUCUAAACAAGCGCUUGUCAAGAUAACUUUGACUUGUUUUUUCCAAAAGCGUGAAGCCAAGAGAGGCCUGUUGUGAAAACGGGAUCUGUAUAUUUUCUUCUUUUUAAAUCACAGACGAGGCUUAUUUAUGGACACUUGAAUGUGUUUUGGUAGUCGGCUGAAAUGUGUGAAAGCACAUAAAGAGUGUGUGUGUGUGUGUGAGAGAGACGUUAGCUGUGAAUAUGGACAUGCGUGUCCUCAACUUGACGCUACUGUUUGUAUAUGUGUGUAUGUGAGGGGGGGGCGGGCACAUGUCUAUGACUCAGUGUAACCUGUGUUUCCGCUCCAUGUAUGGUGAAACACACUGCGCUCCCUCUCUCCUGCUGCUGCUGCCCGGCUCCUCUGUCUCACACUAACGAGCACUCAGUGGUUGAAUUGAGUUAAAAAUGAAUCAUUUGAAGCUUUAUUUUUAUUAGCAGAGCAUACAGAUAAAUGUAGUUGGUUUAUUUUAUUUAAUCGGAUGUAAUUUAUUUGAGUGAUUUGACUAUUUUUGAUAGAUUUUGCUUCUUGCACAUUUGUUACUUUGCCGUAGACGACAGUAGCCCACGUGUAUGUACACUGUAGAUUUUGUAGAUACAUCUGGAGUUGACGUACAGUUUGUAUUAUGUCCUAUAACGGAGGAUCGCACCACUUUGUUUGCCUAAGAGAUUUGUCCAUUUAGUUCAAGGAAAGUUUCAUAUUUUUUGUGGUUGUAGAAGCUGAAAUGAAACUGAAGCGUUCUGACUUCAAGCCUGGUCACACCAGAUUCUGGUACAGCAACAUAUUCUGUGUAGAAUUUUGGUAACGUAGAGACUAAACUCACAGGUUUAGUUGGAGUUUUGAGCCCGUCUGUAACGUUAGCUCCUGGAGAAGUUUAGCUCGGUCGCUAUUCGCUAAUGGGACGUUAAGGUCACAGUUUAUUCCAAAGGCGUAUUUGUGCCAUCGAGUCUUGUCUGAUAACUGUCCACCAACCACAGUGGAGUUUAAAUAUUAGUGAGUAGCUGCGUCACAGCCACUAAUCACUGUUUAUUUGCUGAGUUCUGACUACUAACACGAAGAGGGAUUUUUCAUACUAAAAGGACGAACUAACUGAAGUCUCAUGAUAACUGUGGGUUUUGUCGCUGAUUUAAAAAUGCUGAAAUAGCUUAAAGAAAGUUUACUUUGUGACCAUUAAAUCUUUCAACACAUAUUGGGAUGUCAGUAUUGUUUUGAGACGCACUUGAAAAAAUGCGAACUUAUUCCUUAAAAGCUGAGCUGGCUUUCAGUAGAUUAUUUCAUUGUUUGUGUUGAAAGUGUGGAGUGAUUUCUUCUUUUAUGUUUACAUUUUAUUUCGUGGUGGAGUCGUUCUUUUCUGGCCUUGACUCGUUGACUCGGCCAGAACAGACUGUACUGUCAUGACUCGACUCCAUCGCCUU